AUGUUUGUGAAGAAGAGAGACGUAGAAGAAAAACAAAAUCGACCAACAAUUGUUCGACAAGAGACACAAAUGGAACUACAAAAAACUGUUCAAUUGCCAAACAAAGUCAUCAUUACUAGUAUUGUUUGCAUACUUCUACUGAUAUCCUAUUCAUUAAGAAGCAAUCCUGGUGAUGAAGAAGCAACCGUAUCUGUUUGUCAAAUUCGUAUGCAACUAGAUGGUUCGUAUACAUUCGACGAUCGAACCUUGCUAUCAAUGUUAGCAAGAUUGAAAAUACAUGAUUUCUCCAUUGGACAGCCGGUUUGGGGUCCAUCAGACACUGUUCUUUAUCUUUGUGAACAUCGUCUUAAAGUUGGUUUGAAACAAACCAUACUCGACAAAGAAUUGCAUCAAGUGAUGAAAAACAUUCCAAUAUCAUCAGGACGCUUAGCUUGGUCGUGUGCUUGA